GCUAUAGACCCGCUCUACCUGCGGAUAUCCAACAGCGCAAGCCACAAGAACAAUGUCCCUGAAUUGCAGCGUCUUAAUGCUGGCCACACUGCCACAGUUCAUGUUCAUGACCCUUGUUUGACUCUACUAUCCAACUUACCUAUCUACAUCUUACAAGCCGAGUGUCUUUCAAUUACGCAUUUGGAACCCAUGGAUGCCUCGCAAGUAGUCGAAGCGCCUUUCCCGGCUCACUCAAAAGCUGCUAUUGGACCUAUUGACGGAAUAGCAACCGAAGCUUCUGUUCUGCACUUUUCGGACAAGAUACUUGUUACUUUAUCUCAGGAGGGCAGAUUAUCGCAAUGGAUUCAAGUGCCAUUGUCGGCACCAUCACCAGCCAGCGUCGAUAUGGCCUUAGCAAGUUCUAACCUGCUGCCCUUGUCUCACUUAACACCUAAAACGCUACUUGGCGGAGGUGGCGAAGAGCGUGAAUCCUUAGCGCAGCUAUAUGCUGUUCAGAUCGCUAGUCACAUCGCAAGGAAAAACUCAGACGAGAAUCGUACCCUUGUCGUUGGACUUGGUCUUAAAACUCUUAAGCCUGAACGCGAAGCCUUCUUUGACGUCCUCGAACUCAUUCAAAAGGUCUUGUAGAUGGCCAAGAAAUCAGAGAAGCAAAUUCAUAACCCAGCCUCAAAUAGAAUCGAGCGAAAUGAAGCGAAAUACACUAUCCAGCCACCACAGUAGCACUUGGGGCCACCGCCU